AUGACAUAUAAUGAGAAUAAUCAGACAACUACGCCUAGAUUUGUCCUCCUAGGCUUGACGGAUAACAAUAAUCUCCGCUGUUUCCUUUUCAUCCUCUUUUUUCUUGUGUACAUCAUUGUUAUUGUGGGAAAUAGUAACAUUAUAUUAUUAUUUCAGCUUUCUCCAAGUUUGCAGACACCAAUGUACUUCUUUCUAAGUCACUUGGCAUUUUCAGAUCUCUGUUACUCAUCUGUCAUAACCCCCAAACUCCUGGACAUCUUGUUAGCUGGGGACACGUCUCUUUCAUAUGGUGCUUGUAUGUGUCAACUAAUUUUUUUCAGUGUAUUUGGGAGUCUAGAGUCCCUUAUACUGGCACUGAUGUCAUGUGACCGCUGCGUGGCCGUAAGCAGGCCACUAUUAUAUUACUCUAUAAUGACAACAUCAGUAUGCCGACGAUUGAUAGCAAGCUGUUAUACAGUUGCCAUAUUGACUUCCAUAUUAAAUACAUCCUAUGCAUUGCAACUCUCUUUCUGUGGACCAGUUAAUAUUCCCCAUUUCUAUUGUGACUACCCCCCAUUGCUGAAGCUUUCCUGCUCUGAUACCUAUGUCAAUGAACUUGUGCUCUUGUUCUCAGUGGCAAUGGUAAGUGGUAUAUCUGUAGUAACUAUUAUGACUUCCUAUGGUUACAUUAUACAUAUUGCAGUUGGUAUUAGGUCCACAGAGGGCAGGUGUAAGGUAUUCUAUACCUGUUCAUCUCACCUUACUGUUGUUUUUAUGUUUUAUGGAACUAUACUGUUCAUGUACCUUCGUCCAAGUGCACAAUAUUUUUCAGAACAAGACAAAGUAGUGGCUAUUUUUUAUACAGUGGUAAUUCCUGCAUUAAACCCUAUAAUCUAUAGUUUGAGGAAUAAAGAACUGCAAACUGCUGUUACAAUGAUUAUUGGAAGAAAAUGCAUGAAUUUAUACAUUUAUUUGCUUAUUCUGGCUAAAAUUCUUGACUAGUAGCAACAAUGGGGUACAUUUAUCAAGGUAUUUAGAGCCUUUUUUUAGCGCCUAAGCACUUUUUUGUGCGACUUUUGUGGGUAAGCAAAAAGUUACAAACAGCUUAGUUUCAUAUAUCUGGGAGACAGCCGCCUCCGCUCUUCGGCCACCCGCCUGCAAAUACCAGCCGUUGCAACUACAACUCCCAGCAUGUCCUCACUGAAAGGGCAUGCUAGGAACUGUAGUCCUGUAACAGCUCAAGUAGCCGGCAGGUGGGAGAUGUUAAGAGCGGAG